CUGGGGUCUGCUCGUUUGUGUCAAGCGCAAUUCAAUAUUUGCACGGUGGCCGACUGGUCGGAGCGUCUGCCUCGCAGUUCCGAGGAGCCGGGUUCGAUCCCCGGCCCCGCCUGUGUGGAGUUCGCAUGUUCUCCCCGUGCCUGCGUGGCUUUUCUCCCACAUCCCCAAAACAUGCAUGCUAGGUUAAUUGACAACUCCUGCCCGAUGCCAGCUGGGAUAGGCUCCACCGCGCCCGCGCGCCCGCGAGCCCGCGGCUCAGAAAAUGGAUGGAUGGACGGACGGAUGGACAAACUUCAGUCCUCGUUGCUUGCUGCUCCUUGGCUGCACAUGCACGAGCGUCACUUAAACAGCAGCGUGAACGCGCGAGCUCGGCUGACAGGAGGAGGAGGAGGAAGGAAGGAAGGAAGGAAGGUAGGAGAAGGAGGAAGGAAGGAAAGAAGGAAGGACGGACGGACGAGCCCGGCUGGUGAAAAGGAGGGCAAUGGAGCGCAUUUGCCUCCCAGCGCGCCGCAAGGCGAAGCUGGACCUUUUAUUUGUAUUCCGCUUUGUGUGAAUCGGGAGCAUUGUGUUGGAUACGUUUUUCAUUUUUCAGGGAGCGUGAGUCCUUCUUCAAGACUGUUGCCCCCCCCCCCCCCGCCCCCCCCCGCCGCAUGCAUUCAUGCGGAAUUACGCACGCUUUCCUGGAUGACACACACAGUUGUUGUUUUUUUGGGGGGGGGAUCAUGUAGUGUUCGGACAGCGAGGGGGUUUGUGCUUCUUGCUGACCGAUAACAAAGUGACGUUUGACACUAAAGCGGACCUGAGCGCAGCGCUCACGUGCUCGCCGCCACCAUGCCGGCACCGUGACCCGGCGGCCGUCUCGUGCGCACACCGCGGCACCCGGAGCGACAGCGGGCAGCGGCCAUGGCGGCCGCCAUCGCCAGCGGGCUGAUCCGGCAGAAGCGGCAGGCGCGGGAGCAGCAUUUGGACCGGCCCUCCACCAACCGGCGCCGGAAGAGCCCCAGCAAGAACAAGGGCCUGUGCAACGGCAACCUGGUGGACAUCUUCUCCAAAGUGCGCAUCUUUGGCCUCAGGAAGCGCAGACUACGGAGACAAGAUCCCCAGCUCAAGGGCAUAGUGACCAGGUUAUACUGCAGACAGGGCUACUACUUGCAAAUGAAUCCCGAUGGCUCUCUCGAUGGCACCAAGGACGACAGCAGUAAUUCCUCUUUGUUCAACCUCAUUCCCGUGGGCCUCCGAGUCGUCGCCAUUCAGUCUGUGAAGACGGGCUUGUACAUCGCCAUGAACGGGGAGGGUCAUCUCUACACAUCAGAACUCUUCACGGCAGAGUGCAAAUUCAAAGAGUCGGUAUUCGAGAACUACUACGUCAUCUACUCGUCCAUGUUGUACCGACAGCAGGAGUCGGGUCGGGCCUGGUUCCUCGGUCUCAAUAAAGAGGGUCAAGCCAUGAAGGGGAACCGAGUGAAGAAAACCAAACCGGCCGCCCACUUCCUGCCCAAGCCAUUAGAAGUCGCCAUGUACCGAGAGCCAUCGCUGCACGACGUCGGCGAGACGGUGCCCAAAGCGGCGGUCCCGGCCAGUAAAAGCACAAGUGAGCCUGUGGUGAUGAACGGAGGCAAACCUGUAAGCAAGCCCGACAAACCAGCCACAUAACCACGCCCCGCCUCCCCCCUUGACUGAUCGCUGUGUGCCCGGGCGAUGGCGGCGGACCUUUUCCCCUUCGCUAGAGCGUCUUUCCUCGGCGGAUCCGGCCCAACCUUUCUUCUGUUUCUUCUCUUGCUCCUCCACUUUUGUCUCUGCCUCGUCCUCGCCCUUUUUCCAGCGGUCUGGUGCAGGAAUUCUUAGGUGGAGCCUGGGGGAGGGUACUGGCAGGGCGGCGGUCGAGUUCCCCAGCGCAGGAGGACAAUAUCAGACCUCUCUGAUCCUGGAAUGCCUUUAAAAAUCCCUCCGGAACUGUGAGGUUGUGGUGUGAACGUGUGUUUUACAGCCACUUGGCUUGCCGUGGGUUCUUACAAAAAACCUUGUAAGAAUCCCUUCUUUGAUGCCCUAUUGCAGAGGAAGUCUGUGCACCUGCAGACCUAUUUUCUAUACCAUGGUUCACCAGCUAUGUUCUGGGAUAGCGGCUGUAUAGAUAGAGUAAAUAUGUGGACGACUGUCCUCUAUUUUUUAAUGAAUAUGUCCCCCUUCCUCUCUUCUCUUUUCUAGAACCAGUCACACACUUUCCUCUUUGACCUUAGAAACAGACACAAACGACUGCAUACAGACACACAAAAACGGUAGGAUGUUGGUUUUUUUGGUUUUGUUCUUACAGCACCUGCAAUCGUUGUUGAUGGAGUGCUAGUUACCGCCAGCGCAACAAUCAGUGCAAUGGGGCUCUCCGCAAACACAUUUGCAAAAAGGGAUGUGGGCGGGAAAAGCGCUGUACGGGAAUGGUGUCUACAUAUCACAAAAGUCCCACCAAGCGUAAGUUCAGCGGGCCGCCUUCUCCGGUAAAUCUAUUUUUCUUGAAGUUAAUUUCCGAGCGCGGGCUCUAGGAAUAUCUCUCGCCGUUGUGGGCCUCGGUUGCCGACUUGCUGAGCUUCUUAGGCUCGAGACUUUUGGCCGAGAUGGUCACUACGACACGGGCAGGCAGCCCCUUCCGCAACGUUUCCAACAUUUGUCAGCUGCGUCUGCAAACUCAAGCAUGGGCAAGAUUGAUCUUGUGUUCUGUCUCUCUUGAAGCAACAACGUAUAUUGUGACAUUUUCAUUGUGUGAUAUCAAGGUACUGGGGGGGAUUACUUAAAAGAGGUUUUUAAAAAGGUAGGUUAUUAUUCAAGAGCAAUCGUCUCCUAGCUCAGCAUGCAGAGUCCAGUACUGAUCCUUCUGGCCUAUCACGUGCCUGUUUUCAACUUCGAUUUUUCCCGGCAUGCAAAAAGCGGUUCCCAGUCCCCACUGGGCCAAAGGUGCCUCGCCCACCCGACCCCCCGCCCAUUACACGUAGCAUCGUUAGCAUAGCGAGAAUCACCCGGCUCACUCUGAACUGACCAAAGGCUUUUUCCCCCUCACCAAUCAGGAAGAUUCUUCGAAAAUCCUCUCAAAUCAUCCACGCUUUCACUGUGAUAGCUUUUUGUUCCCGACCCCGUCCGAGAUGUUUGCGUGACCGCCGCCCAGCUAUGCUACUCUGUGGAAAGGUCUUAACUUGAUGUCAUUUUGCAGAGCUUUGUCUACCUUCAAUUAGUCACAUGCAUGUACUUUCCGAGGCGUCGGGAUAUAGAGUACGUAGUGUAGGACUUGACACGGGCAUGUCGCGGGCUACGGCACCCUCGCAAGCUAAUCUGCAUUUUCACCUCGUUACUCUCAUCAUGACUGUUAGCAGAUGAUGACCAAUACGUGACAUUUGUCUUGCUUUGAUCGGGCUUUUCCAACUACUUUAAUUUCUUUCAGGUUGAGAAAGUUAACAUUUUUACAAUGUUGAUCAGGAAUAAGACUCGACCGAUUUGUUAGUAUGAGUAAAUGUAGGAGCUGGAAAGCGUUGCGAUUGUGUGUUUGCGUCAAUUCUCAGUCAUCCAGGUCAUUGUAAUCCACAAAAUAUGGAGACGGAAAUUGUAGAAUUCUAGUUGCCUUCUUCGACUCUUCAAAGACAACUCGACUUUUUGGUUGUUGAACUUCACUUCUGUUCAACUUUGAAAGGCAACUAGACAUAAGUCUUGGUUGUUCAACAACCAAGAAGACGUUCAGUUCCCUUGACAACUGCGCCAGUUGUCUGUUAUCGAAUUUCGAAGGAAACUAGACUCCUCAGUUUAACUGGACUCUAUUGCCUUUUAGUCAACUUCUAAGGAAACUACAGUUGAAUGCUUCUCGGAACUCGACUUUGACAACUUUGAAACAACCAAGAAAUUAGUUGCCGUCCAUCCAACUUCCGACUUCUUCUUGAUUGUUAAACUGGACUUCUAUUCAACUUCAAAACAAUCAAAGUCAAGUUGCCUUCUUUUAGACUUAAAAAAAACCGAAUUGACUUCUUCUUGGUGGACUUCAAUAGAACUUUGAAACAACCAAAAACAAGUCCAGUUGCCUUCAGUUAAACUUCAAAGGCAAGCCAAGUUCAAUUUUGUAAACGGCUGCUAUGUUAAAACGUGUUUGGAUCCGCAUCACCACUUUGUUUCCUUCUCCCAAUUUCCUGAUACGGGUCAUGUGCGGUGUCAUUUGCCCUCAUUCCCUCCGAUGUACUGUACUUGCGCGUACUUGUUUAUUGUGAUCAUUUUGUCCCACUUUUUGCAUGGUGGAGAGAAAGGUGUCGACGAACUGCAUGUAACGUACGAUAUGUCUAUCACCAACUGUUGGUAUGUAUCGCUACAUUUUUUUAAAACGACGUAUAUGCAAAAUGUUUGUCGGCACCGUACAGUUCGUUUAUUGUAUACAGGCGUACAAAACGUUCAAUAUUUAGGCGAGGGAGUGCUGUAAAUGUAGGAUGCAAUGCGCAGUGUGUGCAGUAUAUGUUUGCACCUGGAAAGGUAACAAAUAUGGUACUGGAAUUACAAAGGAGUAUUAGGAACACUGAAAAGAAAAAAGUAACAAUAAACUAUAAGGGAAUGACUAUUUUCUUUGUUCUCAUCAACCUCUUGUCAAAAAAGGUAUACAUUCCUGGAACAUUAUGACUUUAUUCCAAUAAAAUCACAAUUCUAUUCUUGUAGGAUUAAAACAACAAUAUUUUGGCUUUUCUUCCAAUGUUAUAUUUUGGGUAAGAUAACUUCUUUCUUGAAAAAUCUUGACUAUUUAUUCUUAUAAGAUUACACAUUUUCUUUGGCAAACAAUAUAACCUUACUCUCAUAAGAUUCUGACUUUUGUUUCUUUUUCAGAAAACUGUAACAUAACUGUAUUUCUCUUAAAAGCUCAUUCACCGCCAGCCUUCCCAGUUAACAUGAAUAUUUGACUUCUAAAGCCGUCAAUGGCAGUGAAUGUGUUUUAAAAUUAGUUUUUCCCUCAUAAAAGUACAACUUUAUUCUCUCUAAAUUUAGGACUUCAGUCUCAUCGUAGAAUUAUUUUCCUUCUUUUUCAUGUGACCUAGUUUUAUUAUUGCGUCCCUUCUUGAAGUUUAUUGACAAAAGAGUUGGAAAACACAAUUAGGUAAUCCCCAAACUCAUAAAUGAGUUCUCUUCUGAACGGAUGCAAAUUCCCACCCGAGCGGACGCUGUCGGAGAUGCAAAGGGGGCCAGCUCCAUAUUUAUUUUCAUUUUCG